AUGAAACUAUCAAUUGCCGUACUGUCAUCGAUCCUUGCUGUCUGCUCAGUUACGAUUGCCAAUCCAGUUUACCCCAGUUCGGCCACAAAUGCUGGAGCUAGCACUUCGACAGCCUCUACAAGCGCGACUUCAGCUGAUGGGCCAAACUAUUCAAGCUCUCCUAGCUCAUACAAUGGAUUUGAAAAACAUUGUCAUUCAUUCAAUCCUGAUGAAAUAGUGUUUAUUGAAAAAGCUGCAACAAUUAAGGCUGAUACCCAAAAAAUCUAUAGAAAGUACAGCAGCAAAAAUGAUGAGCUGGUUGCUCAAAAAAAAGUGGUUGAUGAAAUGAAGCAACAACUCGAGAUUCUGCGUCAAACUUUGGGUCAAGAGUCAGCGAUCACCAAGCUUGAAGCUGAGCUUGUUGUACAAAAUAGCAUUUUUGAUAAAAUUCAAGAUGGAUCGAGUGCACUUUUUGUACGCUAUACGAAGGAGACUAAGAAGGCUAACAAAUCGGCAAGAGUUCCUAGAAAGAAAACCCAAAGAUUAUCCUUGCUUGGAUCAUCAAAAGGUGAUGUAAAACUGGAGACUUUGACUCAAAAUCCCGCAUUUUUCAAAUGCUACGAGUUUUUCCUUGAUCGCUUAUUGCAGUGA